AUGUCAUACAACCCGUAUAUGGGCUUCGAUGUCAACGAAUACGGUGAUUAUGUAUCUGACCAGCCGAGCUAUGAACAGCCGAGUGGCUCAGCAGCGCCCGCGUAUGUGAACCCAACAACCCUUGGGCUACUGUCACUUCCGAACACAUCGUCUGGAAGUGGUCAGAGUCGCACUUCAUACGGCGGACAGCCUUACUCCUCACGCGGUGCCUUACCCCGGACCUCGAGAGCUGCAGUCUCAUCGGACCCAGCUCCAUCUUCUUCUCGCAGCCGCCAGCGCUCAUCUCAAAAACCAACUGGAUCGUCUUCCACAUCUGCGAAGCAAGCUGUAACUUCCACGGCUUCUAAACAAUCGUCACGGAGUGCCUACCCACCAACAUCCAUGUCUGCAGUUCCAUCGGAUCUUUCAGGACGCCCUUCCUCCCGUAGCGGCUAUCGCUCGUCGACACAGCAAGCUGCAUCAUCUUAUACGACUAAUGAUCGACUGGCGCGUAGUGCUUACCCACCUACCUCCAUGUCUGCAUAUCCUACCGAGACUUCAUCCAGACCUGCCUCACGAAGCGGACGCAGAGACUCCUUAUACGGCAUGUAUCCACCCAAAUCCACGACGUCGUGUGACCCCGAUGCUCCAUCUAGAGCUCUCUCAUGGAGCGAACGCAGGGAGUCCUUCUCCGAUCUGUUUCCAGCUACACCCAUGUCUACGUUUGAUCCGUUUGGUUCGUACGAACCCGAGACUCCAGGUAGGUCCGUCUCGCGAAGCGGACGAAGGGAGUCUGUCUCUGGUCAGUAUCCACCUACUUCCAUGUCUGCGUACGAUACUGAGCUUCCAGCUAGAUCUGCCUCACGGAGCGGGCGCAGGGAGUCUGUUUCCGGUAAGUAUCCACCCACAUCAAUGUCCGCCUAUGAUGCCGAGCCUCAAGCUAGACCUGCCUCACGGAGCGGCCGCAGGGAAUCUGUCUCUAGUGCCUAUCCUCCCACCUCAAUGACCGAGAACUGGUUCGAGGACCUGUUCAGGCCUCCUUCACGAUCCGCUCAGGGCCAAUCAUCCGACAGCUCGCACCCUUCUGUGCGUAGUUCCCGGACCAGUGAUCCAGCUCCGAAUAGAUCAUCUCGCAGCCACCGUCGAUCGACCGAAGCUCCUCCGCGUCCCAAGAGCCCCAAACCCUCCAACAGGGAUGCUUUCGGCUCGAGGUACAAGACUUGUCCGAAAUGUGGCCUUGGCAAGUUGAGGGUUUCCUCAAUGACUAUGUGCCGGACAUGCGCCGAAGAGGAAACACGGGGCACUCUUGGCGCGAAGGUGCCUAUGUCUUCGUCGACGACUCCAUAUCGGCCGGUUGUCAACCUUUCCACCUCGGGUGCGUCUAGGGCUACCCCUUACCCCAUUCCGACCUUGUACACUGACACUCCCGUCCUCGGUGGAACCAACCCAUAUCGGGCUAGCAUGGUCGCACCACGCGAUACUCGCCGUUGUCCCUGUGGUCGACCAAACUACGACAACAAGUCAAUAAUGUGUCUGUAUUGCCAGAUGCAUGGUCUUGGUCGAAAUUGA